GUCCACAUUUGCUAUGCACGGGUCAAUGAAGUAGGUCGAAACGAGCAGUUUUCGACCCCAAUUGAGAAUAGUGAGACAUACCAGACGUGACGGUAAAACUGGUGAAAUAAUACAGCCACCGGUAGACUAGCAGACACCAGGCCCGCAUAGGGCGAAACAAGCCUCCGCCCGUUAAUUAAUUGCGCGCGAAGUACAUUCGAAUGAGCGAAAGCAUGCUGUGAUCGGGUGAGGUACUUCUACCUGCCCGCCUCUCGAAUGUUCUGCCAUCUUCAGUUCGAAUUUCGAAACAUCGAAAGAGGCAAAGGAUUCUGUCACAUCACCAGCGGAGGAACAAGACACAAAGUAUGGCUCCUUCGGAGGAUACCACGCCGCCUAUGACGGCGGACGAGAAGUCGUUCUCCAAAGGCCCUCAUGAAUCUGUCGACGAUGUUCAGCAUAUCUCGGAUAUGGAACAGAAAGCCAUCCUGCGUCGAAUUGACCUCUGCUUGCUUCCCCUGAUGUUCUUCUCGUACUUGCUGCAGUACCUCGACAAAACAACUCUAUCCUAUACCUCAAUCCUAGGCCUUCUGAGUGGAACGCAUAUAACCACUGCACAAUAUGCAUGGGCAUCAAGCGCAUUUUACUUCGGCUACCUCGUUGCCUCGUAUCCCGUGUCAUUGGGUUUCAUCAAGUUCCCCAUCGGAAAAUACCUUUCUGUUAUGAUGAUCCUGUGGGCUGUUAUCCUGACCUGUCAUGCAGCAGCUUCGAAUUUCGCUGGUUUGACCUCACUGAGAGUCCUUCUCGGGGUGUUCGAAAGUGCAAUCAGCCCGGGAUUUACCAUGCUGAUUGGCAUGUGGUAUACCCCGUCUGAGCAUGCGAUGAGGAGUUGCAUCUGGUUUUCGGGAAACGGAAUAGCCGCCAUCUUUGGAGGUGUGCUUGCGUACGCCAUUGGUCAUAUUGAUGAUCAUUUGGGCGCCUGGCAGUGGCUGUUCAUCAUAUUCGGCCUGAUUUCAAUCGCGUGGUCGGCUUUCCUGUUCUUCACUCUGCCCGAUUCGCCCCUCAACGCCAAGUUCCUCAAGUCUGAUCAGCGAGGCUCAGCCUACCAUCGUGCACAAGCAUCUCAGAAGAGUUAUCAGAGUCGGAGGUGGAAGAAAGACCAGUUCAUUGAGGCGCUGGUCGAUCCAAAUACUUGGUUCCUAGUGUUGUACAACUUCUUUGUCUCAUUGCCGAAUGGCGGCAUCACCAAUUUCGCCAGUAUUGUCAUCGAGUCAUUCGGUUUUGACACUUUUCACACACUACUAUACGAGAUCCCCUUGUCUGCUGUCGCUCUUGUCAUGCUCUUUGCCAUCGCAGUGACGUGCAACCGUUUCCCUGGCAUGCGCUGCUACUGGAUGAUCUUCACUCCCUUGAUCAGUCUGGUCGGUAUCCUUCUCAUGCGGCAAUUACCCACGCAUCGGAAAUGGGGUAGACUGGUGGGAGUCUGGCUCGUGACUGUCUUCGGAGCCGGCUGGCCACUGAGCCUAAGUUUGGUCUCCAGCAACACAGCGGGCUUUACCAAGAAGGGCACCGUGACUGCUCUUAUUUUCAUUGCCUAUUGUGUUGGCAACAUUGCUGGUCCGCAACUUUUCAAGAGCACCGAGGCCCCUCGCUAUAACACUGCAUUCUCAGCAAUCCUUGCGUGCUUCUGCCUUGCUGUACUUGAUGUCAUUGGCUUCCGCUGCUAUAUGGUCUGGGAAAACAAGCGACGCGAUCGCAAGCAGGGACGAACCAUCGAGCCCGAGUCAAGCAAGGCGGACGAUGCGACUGAUGCGUCCUUCGACAUGGGUGGUGACGGAGAUGUCUCUGAUUGGCAGAAUCAGAGCUACCGAUAUUGCCUCUAA